GCUGCGGCGGCGCGCCUUGUGGAGAGGCAGGGAUGUGCGUGCUGGACUUCGGGUGCCCAGGAAGCUCCAGGAAGGGCUCCGAGCGCGGAGCUAGACGCUUUCAAAGACCUCCGAAGGCAUUUUAUGAGACUGUGCCAUCUCGCCAUCUCCUAUUAAGCCUGCGAGAAGAGAAGACCUUUUGUGGGAGGCCCAGGGAUUACGGAGCUCCCCCAGGCAAGUGGUAAAACUCAGCCCUGCGCCCACCCCCCCAUCUCCACCUCUCCUUCCUGGCCCGGCAGACCCCGCGCGGAGCCAUCGCGGUCCACAUCCUGCCUCACUGACUGUGUGUGCUUACAGCGUCAAGGGGUGGACGUGAUAUUUCAAACAUCAGAUCAGUGCGUUUAUAUAUUGGGUGCCCGGAAAUUUUUCCAAAUAAACACAGCUUGAUUCAACUUGGGUGGGCGGACUUAUCAACAGACUAAUUCUAUAAACAAAUGAAGGAAUAGCCCCGAAACCGAUUGGCUGGUAUCAAAAAGACACGUGGAGAGAAAAGCUUGGAGUUUUUCAGCAAUGAAAUUUUAAUUAAUGUGGGUGGGCUGAGAACACAACGACUGUUUAUCAUAGACAAUUUAUUUGCCAGCGCUAAGUCAACAUAUAAUAGCAAACUUACAACAAUUAUUUAACAUUUUUAAAGCCAUGAAGAAGGGACAGAGCGCGGAGCGGCGGGGGAGAGCGGCAGAGCAGGAGGCAGACGCACGGCGGGCUCCCCCGGAGGGCCCUCCCGGCGCGGGGCGCAGUCCCUAAGCCGCCCGGGUUGCCUGCGUCGCGGAGAGCGCAGCGCCGGCGCCCACUCGCCAUGAGCCACCUCUUCAGUCCCCGGCUGCCUGCUCUGGCCGCCUCGCCCAUGCUUUAUCUGUACGGCCCCGAGAGACCCGGGCUGCCUCUGGCCUUCGCCCCCGCGGCCGCUUUGGCCGCCUCGGGCCGGGCGGAGCCCCCCCAGAAGCCGCCCUACAGCUACAUCGCGCUCAUAGCCAUGGCGAUCCAGGACGCGCCGGAGCAGAGGGUCACGCUCAACGGCAUCUACCAGUUCAUCAUGGACCGCUUCCCCUUCUACCACGACAACCGGCAGGGCUGGCAGAACAGCAUCCGCCACAACCUUUCGCUCAACGACUGCUUCGUCAAGGUGCCCCGCGAGAAAGGGCGACCGGGCAAGGGCAGCUACUGGACGCUGGACCCUCGCUGUCUGGAUAUGUUCGAGAACGGCAACUACCGGCGCCGGAAGAGGAAGCCCAAGCCGGGACCCGGGGCCCCGGAGGCCAAGCGAGCCCGCGUAGAGACGCAGGAGCGCGGCGCAGAGGCGCAGCCAGAGGCGGGGAACGGGGCAGGGCGCCCCGUGCCCGCGAGCCCCCGCCACGAGGAAAAGCCCGCGCGCCCGUCGCCCCUGCGGGAAGGCGCCUCUCCGCCGGCGGCCCUGCACUGGCCCAGGCCCGCGUCCCCAGAGGUGGACGCAGGCGACGCUGUCCAGGGCGCAGCAGCCGUGGCCGUCGGCCAGCCAGCGCGCACGGUGAAUGGCCCGGGGUCCCCUCGGCGCUGCAUCUCCCGCAGCUCUCCGAAUUGCUCCGACAAAUCCAAGAGCUUCAGCAUAGACAGCAUCCUGGCGGGCCGGCAGGGCCAGAAGUCGGCUGGAGGGGGUGAGCUCCUGGGUGGCGCCAAGCAGGGGCCGGGUGGCUGUCUGGGCGCCUCGCUUCUGGCCACCUCCUCCAGCCUCCGUCCGCCUUUCAACGCUUCCCUGAUGCUCGACCCACACGUCCAGGGAGGCUUUUACCAGCUCGGGAUCCCUUUCCUCUCCUAUUUCCCUCUGCAGCUCCCCGACACGGUGCUUCCCUUCCAGUAAAGCCAGCAGUGGCGUGGGUCUGUCCCGGGUCCUGGUCUGAGCUGCUUGUGAGCGACCACGGCUCCCACCGCUGGGGGAAGGAGUCACGUUUUUAAAGAAUGAUCUUUUCCUCUGCCGACAUGUGGAUCCUGGGAAGUGUUACCAACUUCUGCGCUCAGGUGAGCACCCUCACUGGCCUACCUCCACCAGGGGAGACCUUCCCAGAACCAGGAGCGUCUUGGAGAUUUAAAAGACCCUUCACCAGCUGGGACUUGGGCAACUCAGACCUCCUACAGCACCAGCAGAAGAAUUCCUUGACCUUAGGUCAGUCUGAUGGUGUGAUCUUCCGAUACCCACCCCAAGUCCUGCGUGGCCGGGGCACUGGAGGGCCCACACAGCCCAAGGGCAGGACAGACGGACUCAGUGUGGUCGUUUUAGUCUGAGAGCCACGGUCCGACUGUCGCCAGCUCAGUUGUGGUUGUGGCCCAGGCCUUGGCUUUGAGCCCGUCGUGGGGAUGGUUACCCACAGCCGGGUUUGUCCCUGAAGUCCAGUUGUGGGGACGCCGAGGGUGACCCCUGUUUUUCAGGUUCUUUGGCAGAUCUACGGCCUCCUGAGGAUUUCGGACUGAUGUCCAGGUGGAAGCUGAGAAACCACACUUUUAUUUUAAAUAGAGUUUUUCUCUUUUUUCCUUUCUAGACAGUAAAGGGAACAUCCUAUAUUCUUUGGCUAAAUACUUGACUCUUUUUACUAUAACAAUCGCCCUGUGGAAACGUCUAUAUUAACAACUUCUACUAAGAAGGUGCACUCUACAUAAUAUAGCAUUUUGUUGCAUUACAACAGCUCAUUAGUCAAUACGCACGUUCUCCAAUGCAUGUUACCAACCAUAGGAGUGGUCCUGUCUUUUUGCUUUUGUUUUUAAGGGAUCAAAAGAUUUCAGGGGACACUGGAAGUGCGCGAGGGGGAGGGACGGUGUCUCAGACAACGUAAGAUUUUCAAUUUCCAUGCUUUUUCAAGAUCUAGGAUUGAUUUUGCUACAUUUUCUAGAGUUGUGUAGUGAAAGACUGCAUUUAAUCCAAAAAGUUGGGUGAAACAGACACAGGGAAGGCAGGUAAAGGGAGAGAUGGGUUAGGGCCCAGAAGAGCAAGGGCCUCUGCUGGUGUCUUCGGGAGGCCGCUCUGUGGAACCCAGAGAGCAUGGAGCUUCCAGAGAUCCCCAGCCUACUGCAUCCCUGCCUACAACUUGGCUCCUCCCUCCAAGCCCCCACCAAGCAGGCCCAGGGCCUGCUGCUAAAUAAACACCUGAGGGAGGUGACUGGAAGUCUGGCAGGAGGGGUGGGCAGGAAGGCAGGGGUCUGCAACAAAGACCUGGUUAAGAACGUGGAGAUUUUCCCAGCCCUGUUCAGUUCAGCUUGGACCUUUUGGGAAAUGCGUCUAACCUCUUAGGGUAUCUCCUUGGUUGCUUUGGGGCUUUUGACUUUGAGUUCCUGAACCCCCACGUUACUUUAGUCUUACUCGCUCUGGGAAAGGCGCAGCGAGUCAUGAGGUCUUGGAGACUGGCUGAGAUAGGUCUGCAAAAUUACUUCUUCAGUAGUUUCCAGGACUUCUAUAAAAAUGAACACAAACUUUACAUCCAGAGAGCCUGUUGGUUAAUAUGUUGGAAAGGACAUUUCGGACAAGCAUAAUAAUUUAGUAAUUAGUAGGCACAGAGUUGACUUUCUGAGGGUUCCUUCUUAAAGUUGUGUGCUGCUGACGGGUGCAUAUCUCCCUGACCUCAUUCUACCCAGGCUGGGGGCAUGCUUGGUGAGCUGCAGCGCGUCCGCGUCCGUGAUUUUAAGAGCUUUGAUGAGAUCCCAUUGUGGAGGUCCAGGCUCGCUGUGAUUAACUUAAAAUAUGCUGGAAGGGCUGUCAUUGGAUAUUUUGUUAUCCCAAAGCCUCAGCCUUUGUGAAUAAAGUUGUUUUUUUCAUUAA